CUUCUGCUUAGUUUUAAAUCAAAAUAAAUAUGAAUCACGAUUCAAAUGCUAAAAUGUUAAUGCCAGAUCCUGAACCUAUUUGUUUAAAUGUAGACCAAAAUCCGUAUGUAAAUGAAUUAAUAUAUCAUAAAUCAACAUUGAAAACGCACAACGCCCAUCUUAAAAAGCUUAAAGAUCUCAAUAUCGAUCCUUUGUCUCUGACAGACAAAACUAUUUCGGAUAAGUUGAUGGAUAUUAAAAAAUCAGGAUCUAACGGAAAAGAACUUUCAAUUCAUUACAUAAACGGAAUUUACGCCACCAUAAAACGCAUCCAACCGUCUUUGACAAAAUCACGUCGUGAUUUAGGACUCAGGUCGAAAAAUUCCGGAAAGUCAACUAAACGCAGUACAGAUGUAUUUAUUGGUACAAAGAAUCUGUUGACUACGAUUGUUAGAGAUGUGAAACGUCUGAAUACUGUAGAAUCUUAUAAAGCAGAUCCAAGACGAAUAAUCGAUACUAAAAUCGCAAUCGUAUUGACUUUAUUAACAAAUUUGAGAUCAAGUGAAUUAUUACAAUUACGAGUAAAACAUAUUGAUUUGAUCAAAAGAGAGCUUCCGUUAUCAAUACGGACGAAACACCGAAAUACAUCAAUUAAAAUUCUGAAGAUGGCUAAAUUAUUUGAUGUUCUAUACCCUAAAGUCAUCAAAAUGGCUUUAAGUCGGGAUGGCUUAUAUACGAAAUCAUUGGAUACUGAUUUUGAAACUCAGAUAAAAAAUAAUCCAGUAAUUCAGAAUACUCUUUUAGUCUCAUGUAAAGUUGAUACAAUUAAUAAAGUCAUGCGUCAGAUUUAUGAGAAUGUAAAUGGUAUGCAACCUUCUGUGGCUUUGGGCUUAAAAUCAAUUCGCUCUCUGAAUACGACUAUUAUGAUUAACCAUAAAGAACUAUUAUUAGCUCAGACACUAAAUAGACACAAAGACGUCAAUGUUACUCUUAAACAUUACAAUUGUUCGAGUUUUGAAGAAAAAAUAGCUGGUGCAUACUAAAAAUAACUUAAUGCGUCCGUCAUGUUGCCUUUUAACAAAGUAAUUCCACAAAAAAAAAAAAAAAAAAAAAAAAAAAAAAAAAAAAAA